AUGAGCAAAGUGGUGGAUGGAAGAUUUCAGAGAGCUAAGAGAAAGUGGUCUGUACCAGUUCAUGUAGAGUGUCUCGGAUUUUGUUACAUGGAUCUAAUCAAGGAUGAACUUCAUAGAUUUGCAAGACUUUGGAACAACCACCGAUUCACACCAUCAAUCAACUGCAAGUCUCUCUCAGGCCGCCCAGAUUUGCUAUAUUAUCUUCCAGAGAUAUCAGCCAUACAGAAUUUCCUUGUUUCCAUUGACAACGAUGAAAUCAGCCUUUGUGAAAAGUAACUGUGUGACAUGAGCUGUACCAGUUUUAACUGCAGCGAGGAACUUUUGGAAUUAGCAACCAUCCUCAUGAAUGAGGAAAACUUGAUGCUACGCAGAGACCCCAUGGAGGCAAGAAUUCCUUAUUUAUCAUUGACCGAUCACAUAAACGAUUUGUAA